AUGACCAUAGAGUUGAAUAAAUUACCAGGUGGCAUUCUAGUGCUAGAACCUCAACCUUGGCAGUCAUAUGAGAAGAAUCGGCGGGUCUCUGAGACUGCAGCAAUGAAUUAUCGAACUAUCAUGUUUCGUCCAGAAAGUUUCCGGGAAAUUCUUCUGGAUAAGAUUGGAUUUAGACGGGUAGAGGACAUCACUGCUGGCUUGUCAGGCAGCAAAACUGGAUUUGAUAGGCCCAUUUUUUGUUUGUGGAAAAUUUGCAAGUGGGGAUCAGUUGAUGAUCUCGGCAACGUCUGCGAUCCCUUUUCCUCUCUCUCUCUCUCUCUCAAACUGUGGUCUGCCUUUGUAACCGUCUCUAAUUAUUAUGUCUAUAAUGCAAAGCCAUUCGCCCACUCGUUUAAAAACCCUUGGGAUGCAUCUGAUUUCCCAUACGCUCAAUUCCAUCCAACAAUGUACUCGGGAGAUAAGAGCUCGAAGGUUUCAAGGCUGUUUUGUAAUGUUGAGCAACAAAGUCAUACGUUUUCUAACCAUUCCAUUACAGCCUUGUACUCUAAACCCAAGACCCUCGUAGACAACUUCGGUUGCAUGAAGCGUGUGGCUAUACGUGAGCCGGCUGGGAAAGGGAGAGGUAGGGGGGCUAAGAGAACCAUAGCUAUGGUUCUGGAGGUACCUGAUGAGAAAGACUCGUCUAAGAGUUCUGGUAUAUUGGAAGAAGACCUUGGCUUGGAGUCUGAUCCAGAGUCCUCGUGUCAUGAAGGAUCAGAUGUCACAUUGAACGAUGAAGAAUGCAAUAUUGAUGAGGAGUUAUUUUACCAUGAAGGAGCAAGAAAGAAGCUUAAGUUGUUGGCAGAUAUGGUUGGAGCUGACACUGAAGAACCUGGGUUUGUGCUGGCUAAAGUUGUGGCUGUUUUGAAGAACUUCAUGAAGAGUGGAAACGGAGAUGUCUAUUUACCCAAAAAAUAA